AUGCAACGUGGGAGCCGUCCUGGCCCUGGAGUGCGGCCUGAGCUUGCCGGGGACGCCGUGGCCCUGUGGACCUUCUUCCAUCUCAAGGUAUGGAAGCUGUACGCCAUCCCGUUCGACCCGGAGGUGGCUGACCUGCUGCUGGCCUUCUGCCUACCUUUCCUGUUGGCCUUCUACGCCAGCCACAAGGUCUGGGUCCUCAGCCACACAACCUGCCAGGCCCUUCUCUUCCUGCUGACCCUCAGCCGCGGUGUGCAGGUGGCCUUCCUUGUUGCCGUGGCUUUAGACCGCUCAGCUCAAGGUCAACCAUCUGUCCCCCUGGGCAGCCUGGCCAUCUCGGGUCUAGCCUGGCUUCUGAUGGUCGCCCUCACCCACCAAAGCAUGUGUGUUCCCAAAGCCGCCCAAAUCGGACACCAGCUGCCCAGCUUCUACCCCGGGGGGGGGGCAUCCUCCAGGGCCACCUGGCAGGAGACGCUGUUCUUCCUCCAGCUGCUGCUUCCCCUGGGCCUCGUCUUGUUCUGCACCAGAGAUCGGGGCUCUGGGGAGGCGGCUCUGAGCGCUGCGGAGGGCGUGGGCGCCGGCGGCCGUGGUGCUGCCACUGUGCGCACCGCACCGCGCUUCGCUGGCGGCUGUGCUGUGGUGCUGCCGCUGUAUGCACCGUGCUUUCUGCCCACAACGCUGGCCAGACUCCUGCGCUCAUCGAGCAUUGCUGAGCUGCACCCUGCGGCGGGCAGCCUGGCCUUCCCGCAGAUGUGCUCGGCCCACCGUCUACUGCGUCUCUGGCCGAGCCUUCGCCAGCUCCUUCCAGGGGAGCCGGACUGGCGGGGGCUGGGCAGGGCUGAGAAGGCCACACCCCACGUGUCCUUCAGGAUGGUGGAGAGGAUUCCCAGUCGCCUUCCUUACUGCCUCGGCCUCCUCGUUCACUCUCUGCCGGUGGUGAGGACAGGAAUCACCAACACGCCCCCGCCCACGAGGCUGCACCUGCAGCUCCACGGCCACUCCCGGCGGCAUCCGGCCACCCCCGGUCAGAGCCGGUAG